AUUCCCGUCCCGCCGAGUACUUACCUACCUUACCAUUUGGUAGACAUCGUCGCCUUUUCCGAGGUACCUUACCUUACUCAGAGCGCACUGUCACAGCAAUACCGUCCCUUACAAGCAAAGAAAACGUCCGCUAGAAGACGCUCCAGUUACAGAGCAUCGCACGCUAAACGUCUCGUCGAUACCAUAGGUACUGUAGGUACCCAACUUGACAGCACACACAAUCCAAGCCCAAACCCAGUGUAAGGUACCGUGCCAAAAAAGGUACCUGACCGCCCUCCUUGCCUCACCAAUACCCCAAAGUAAAUCCGGUGUGGCCACGUACCUUACCGCUACCUGGACCUCCCCGGUCUUCCUCGUCCCGCCCACCUCAUCCACCUCUGUCGCCUGCCACUCACCACUGCCUUACCUCAGAGUACUUACUUGGUGUACAGCCCGGCCAGACACUUCCUGGUGACGCUAGAGCGCACUGCAACUUUUUUUCCACACUCCCGCACAUCCCACCUUCAGGUUCUCUUGCAUAUUGACAAACUCUUAAACCUUGCAUUUGUCUGUACUCGACAUUUUUCUCCCCCCCAACCUUUUCGACGAGACGACCUUUCGACUCGACCGCUUGCAAAUACCCUUCCCGCAAGUCGGAAUAAUCUACCAUCACUCGAUCAAGACUCGAACCCCCCAACAAACCUCUUUCCUCUUCUCAGAGCGUUGUUGUGAGCGCAACCCCGCUGCCAUCAGAACCUCCGCCGGACAAUCCUUGUUUACAAUAUCCUCACAGAAAGAACACUACCACCCAACAUGAGUGUCGUCGGUGUUGAUUUCGGAACCCUCAAGACGGUCAUUGCCGUCGCCAGAAAUCGCGGUGUCGAUGUGAUUUCCAAUGAAGUCUCCAACCGCGCCACGCCGUCUGUCGUUGGAUUCGGCCCCAAGUCGCGAUACCUCGGCGAGAGCGCCAAGACGCAAGAAAUCUCCAACCUCAAGAACACUGUCGGUUCCAUCAAGCGUCUUGCCGGACGCGCUGCCAGCGACCCCGAUGCCCAGCUCGAGCAGCAGUACAUUACCGCUCCCCUCGUCGAUGUCAACGGCCAGGUCGGUGUCGAGGUCUCGUACCUUGGCAAGAAGGAGAAGUUCUCCAACACCCAGCUGAUCUCCAUGUACCUCAGCAAGAUCAAGCAAACAACACAGGCUGAGCUGAAGCUUCCCGUUUCCGACUUGGUCAUGAGCGUUCCCGCCUGGUUCACCGACAUCCAGCGCCGCGCCAUCAUCGAUGCUGCCGAGAUCGCUGGCCUGAAGCUCCUCCGUCUCAUGAACGACACUACUGCCGCCGCUCUCGGCUGGGGUAUCACCAAGCUCGAUCUCCCCGCCCCCGAGGAGCAGCCCCGCCGUGUUGCCUUCAUCGACAUCGGCCACAGCAACUACACCUGCUCCGUUGUUGAGUUCAAGAAGGGCGAGCUGGCCGUCAAGGGUACCGCCUUCGACCGCCACUUUGGUGGCCGUGACUUCGACAAGGCUCUCGUCGAGCACUUGGGCAAGGAGUUCAACGGAAAGUACAAGAUUGACAUCCACUCCAACGGCCGUGCCAUGGCCCGCACCAUCGCUGCCGCCGAGAAGUGCAAGAAGAUCCUGUCUGCCAACCAGCAGGCCCCCGUCAACAUCGAGUCCAUCAUGAACGAUGUUGAUGUUUCCGCCAUGAUCACACGCCAGGAGUUCGAGGCCCUCGUUGAGCCUCUGCUGCAGCGCGUCCACGUUCCCCUCGAGCAGGCUCUUGCCGAGGCCAAGUUGACCAAGGAUGACAUCGACGUCAUUGAGGUCAUUGGUGGUGGCAGCCGUGUUCCCGCCCUCAAGGAGCGCAUCCAGGCUUUCUUCGGAAAGACCCUGUCUUUCACCCUGAACCAGGACGAGGCCGUUGCCCGUGGCGCUGCCUUCAGCUGCGCUAUUCUGUCCCCCGUUUUCCGUGUCCGCGACUUCACUGUCCAGGACAUCAUGAGCUACCCCAUUGAGUUCGCCUGGGAGAAGGCUCCCGAUAUUCCCGACGAGGACACCAGCCUGACUGUCUUCAACCGCGGCAACGUUCUGCCCUCUACCAAGAUUCUUACCUUCUACCGCAAGCAGCCCUUUGAUCUUGAGGCCCGCUACGCCAAGCCCCAAGAUCUCCCCGGAAAGAUCAACCCGUGGAUUGGUCGCUUCUCUGUCAAGGGUGUUAAGGCCGACGGCAAGGACGACUUCAUGAUCUGCAAGCUGAAGGCUCGUGUGAACAUCCACGGCGUUCUUAACGUUGAGAGCGGCUACUACGUUGAGGACCAGGAGGUCGAGGAGGAAGUUAAGGAGGAUGAGAAGGAUGGCGACAAGAAGGACCCUGAUGCCAUGGAGACUGACAACAAGGAGGACGCUCCCAAGAAGACCCGCAAGGUCAAGAAGCAAGUCCGCAAGGGCGACCUUCCCAUCGUCAGCGGCACAGCCUCCCUGUCCGACUCAGCAAGAACCGCCCUUUUCGAGAAGGAGUCUGCCAUGGUUAUGGAGGACAAGCUUGUCGCCGAUACCGAGGAGAAGAAGAACGAGCUCGAGACCUUCAUCUACGACCUUCGCAACAAGCUUGACGACCAGUAUGCCGACUUUGCUAGCGACGAGGAGAAGACCAAGAUCAAGGAGAAGCUCGAGGCGAGCGAGGACUGGCUCUACGAUGAGGGCGAGGACGCCACCAAGGCUGUCUACGUUGCCAAGAUUGACGAGAUCCGCGCCAUGGCCGGACCUAUCGUCCAGCGCCACUUCGAGAAGGUCGAGGAGGAGCGUCGCAUCGUGCAGGAGAGAGUUGAGGCUGAGAAAGCCGCCAAGAAAGCCGAAGAGGAGGCUCGCAAAGCUGCCGAAGCUGAGAAGGCUCCUCCGGCGGCUAAGGAUGAGGAGAUGACCGAUGCCGACGCAAAGGCUGACGCUGAGGCCGAGGGCACGAAAUAGGAUCCUGUGGACCCGACCAGUGUCUGAAACUUUGAAAAAAAGACAACAACAAAAGCGAGAAGCAACGAAGAUGAUAGAAUAGACCCUUAGUUAUGGUUUCUUUCGGGUUGGCAUAGGGUUAUCAGGCUAGAGCAGCUUCGACGGUUAUCAUGGAAUGAGAGAAAUGACUUGAAUUUGACAAUGACCGAGGCCUCUUUUCCAUACACACG